AUGGUCAAGGAGUACUUUCUAGCCCCGCACUUUAACGCCCCAGCACCCCCACGAGGCGUCGUCAAACUCGGCACCAUCCUUGGCAGGCUUGAUAAUUUCGAUCCAUUUAACCUGGAGGAAUUUCAGCCGAUCCCAGCCGCGCACCUUCUUCCUGUGGAAACUCAAGACUCUGUCGAUAUCGACAUCUAUGGCCUUCACGCGGAUCGCCAUCUCUUGCCGGAAAGAGCCUUGGGACUGAUUGGCCGGGGUCCAUGUGCACCCGACCGACGCCCCGAGGGCGACCAAAGGGUGAUCUCGUGCAAGCAUCUUGAUACCCUCGCCUUCAUCCCAACCGAGUCCUACGUCAGAGAUUCAAUCGACAACCUUGAUGACGAAUCUUACAAGCCGUCAAGCAGAUCCAAGCGACCAGUCGUCGUGCAAUCCAGCUUUCGUGAAUCAGACGAUUUCAUAGUUGCUUCCAAGGUGGUGCAGGUCUGGCUAGACCGUAAGGGAGAGGUCAAGUACAAGGAGUACAACAAGAAGGCCGUGAUGGAGUUCGAAACGUCGGCUGAGGAUGACCCUGCCACUGCCUUUCUAUUCACUGGCUAUCCGCUGGUAAUCUGA